AAAGCUGUCUCCCAGACUAUCAUUUGACCAGGCAGUUCAUAGAGGCAAGAGCUCAGCGCCAAAGAGGGGCAGAAAAAAAGAGACGGAGCUAAAAGAACACAUUCAAUAUGACAAUAAGACUGCUGGAAUAUUUAUCUGCUUUUUAAACCCCCCAUCUUGCAGAGGUGGAUUUCUUUCUGUUGCUGCUUCUUUUGUGGACUCGCAGCUUCUUGGAUGUGGGCUUUAGUGCUGCUCACAGUCAACUGAAGAAGAAGAGGAGGAGGAGGAGGAUUCAGCUGACACCUUUUUUGGAGAUUUACACUUUGUGGAGUAAACCUCAUAAAGAGAGAAGAAAAAAGAAAGAAAGAAGGGAGAGAGGUGGGGUGGGGGGUGAAAGUCACUGAGUGCCGGGCCCCAUGCCCACCUCCGCUCAUGGUUCAACAGCAUGAAAGGAGGCCACCAUCACCAUCGUCACCACCGAGGCUGUGGCUGCCACCACUUGUUCCGUAAAGUCCUGGUCAAGUGUGGCUGCUGCUAUGCCAGGGUCAGAGACUCGUACUCGGCAGCAGGCAGCGAGGGCAGCAUUUCCACCUCUGUGGCGUCGCUGCCCCCGCAGCCAUCAGGCAGCUCGGCCCCCAGUUCACCGGGCUCCAGACAUUCGGUCAGCACCCUGAAAAAAUGGCUCACAAACCCAGUCCGCAAACUCAGUGCUGGAUCAUCUGCCAAAGGAGACCGUCAGGUCCGGAAGCUUGAGGGGAAGCCUCCUCCUCUGCCAUCCCACAGCCUGAGCCAGGAGCUUGGCAGCCCCCCAAGGCCUGACGAGACCCUCACCGUUCUACCUGUAACCCACAGAGAACCGGAGUGGAAAGAUGGCCUGGCAAGCCCGGAGGACCUGUCACCAGCCUCACUACAGCCACCAAGUUUUAUGACGUCCUCACUGGCUGGUUUCACAUCACUGCCAAAUACUCAGGACACUCAGUCCACCAGUGUUUUGCCCGAUGACAGCGCGUCCGUCUUGAUGGAUGACACCUCCAGCCAGUGGUCGGCUGUGGCGGACACUGAAGAGGAGAGGAAAAGUGCCUUAGAGAAAAGCAUGUACGUGCUGAAGGAGCUUAUAGAGACUGAGAAGUACUACGUGGAAGACCUGGGGCUCAUAGUGGAGGGCUACAUGGCCACAAUGAGUUCAAAAGGAAUACCGGAGGACAUGAAGGGGAAGGACAAGAUAGUGUUUGGCAACAUUCAUCAAAUAUUUGACUGGCAUAAAGACUACUUCCUGGAAGAGCUGGAGAAGUGUUUGGCAGAGCCAGAAAGGCUGGCUCAGCUCUUCAUUAAACAUGAGAGGCGUCUCCACAUGUAUGUCGUGUACUGUCAAAACAAGCCCAAGUCAGAACACAUCGUCUCAGAGUACAUAGAGACUUACUUUGAGGAGCUCCGGCAGCAGCUGGGCCACCGGCUGCAGCUCAACGACCUGCUCAUCAAACCUGUCCAGAGGAUCAUGAAGUACCAGCUUCUGCUCAAGGACUUUUUAAAAUAUUACACCAAAGCAGGGAUGGACACAGAGGAGCUGGAGAAAGCAGUUGAUGUGAUGUGCUUUGUGCCAAAACGUUGCAACGACAUGAUGAAUGUUGGCCGAUUACAAGGCUUUGAGGGGAAGAUCACAGCCCAGGGCAAACUGCUCCAACAGGACACCUUCACCGUCACGGAGCAGGACAGUGGCUUCCUGUCUCGAGCCAAGGAGAGGCGAGUCUUCCUGUUUGAGCAGCUGGUCAUCUUCAGCGAACCGAUUGACAGGAAGAAAGGCUUCUCGCUCCCUGGAUACAUCUUUAAAAACAGCAUCAAGGUGAGCUGCCUGGGGGUGGAGCCCUGCGUGGACGGAGACGAUACGCGCUUUGUGCUGACCUCACGGAACCCGGAUGGGAGCGUGGUGCGCUUCCAGCUGCAGGCCUCGUCUCCAGAGAUCUGCAGGGCAUGGGUCAACGAUGUAGUUCAGAUUCUGGAAAGUCAACGCAACUUCCUUAAUGCCUUACAGUCACCUAUUGAGUAUCAGCGGCGAGAGAGCAAGUCCAACAGCCUGGGCCGCAUCAUGAGGCCCCCUCUGUCUGCUGCGAGCGCCCUGCGGCCCCACUCAUCAGCCUCCAUAGACCGUCACAAGCUGCCCUCCCUCCACUCUCACAACACCUCCCUGCCUGCACUCUACCUGCCCAGCCAAAACCAGAACCAAGGACCCAGCGAGAUGUUCUCUCUGAGGGAUGCCGCGGUGGUCCAGCCAUGCCCUGCUGACUCGCACACUGUCUCCCCCUCGCACGUCCACCUGGGCUUCACUGAGCAGCCAAACUGUCAAGCUGUGUCAAACGGGCUGUACAACCCAACCACACAGCAGAGGGCAGGAGAGGGGUUCCGCAGAGGUUCGGCUUCUGAUUCUGGAAACCAGGUUCCCCUGUCAGGACGACGUCCCAGCAACCUUGCCCAGCUGGCUGAAGAUGACCUUUGAACCCUAUAAAUGUUUCCUGGACCUGGAGGACAGCAGCCAACAGCUGUGAAGACUUCUUGUCCACUGUUUGUGUUUGCCAGACUGGAUCCAGUGGUUCAGUCGUGAUCUCUGCAGGAUUAUGAAGGCAGUUGAUGGAUGGAGGAGCUGUGGACUGAAGAUAUAAAACCUGCUGGACUCCUUCGUCAGAGAGCUUUUAAAGGGAGGUGAAGUGGCCUUGAUCACCUUCAGC